GGUUAGAUUUGAAGUGUGCUGAAGUACGACUGUAAAUAAAUAGUAUUGUUAGUGUAUCAGAAAGGUGACCCUUGUUUUUCGAUGGCGUGCGAUUAUUACGAAACACACGUGCACACUUGCGUGAACACGUUUACAUAUUUUAAAUACAUCCAAACAUAACGUAAAUAGAUUGGGGCACAUUAUUGUGUGUCAAGUUAAAGCGGUGUCUAUCAAUUUGAGAAUAUAUUUGUAUUGACAUAAAUAUGUCUAACGACUCUGCCGGAGACCUGCUUUCCAAACCAGGAAACGAAGAGCCACAGGAACUUAAGAGGCAACAAGUACAAUAUGAAGACUUGACCAGCACGUUCGAUGACAACGUGAUCGAUUUCUCUAAGCAAUUUUGUAGCAUAUAUGCGGCGAGAUUGGCAGAGUUGAGAGAGACAUUGAUACCACGAGUUGUCGCAAAAUGGGGCGAAGUUCCAAUAUUAAAGUUAGCGGAAUUAGAAGAUUUCGAAGGACAAGAAUGCGUGAUAAUUGGUACGCUCUUUAAACAUCAAAAAUGGAAGCCAUCGAUAUUACGUGAAUUAAGCGAGGAUCAUCAACUCUCAUUGUCUGAGCCAAAGUCGACGUACUGCUCAGAAAAGGAUCACUUGUUCUUGGAAGACGAGAUGCUGCGUAUCAAAUUAGUAGUUGAUGACGCUACUUUGAAGAACUAUGUUACAGGUGUCGUAUGUGCCAUUUUAGGCUACAAAGACAAGAAUGGCAGUUUUGAGAUCAAGGAAUGGUGUUUUCCUGGUUGCGUGCCUAGAAGUUCACCGGCACAUCCAAAAUCCAAAGGAAAAAUAGUGUUCCUGUCGGGACUCGACUUGGCAAAUACCUCCAAGACCUUAUCACUGAAUCUCUUAACCGAAUGGAUAUGUGGGAUGGCGGGAGAUAUGACGACGCAAGAAGACGCCACUGGCAUUGUUCGAGUUAUCAUUGCUGGUAAUUCUGUCAAAAUUGUCACUAAGACGAAUACCCUAAUGGGACACGCCGAAGGGAAGGCGCAGGACGCCGCUAUAACGAAGGAAGUCGCUGUGGCAACGAGACUUGUGGACGCAUUUCUCUCCGAAAUAGCAGAAUGUUGUUGCAUCACUUUAAUGCCAGGUCAACAUGAUCCUACCAAUGCAAUGUUACCACAGAAACCGCUGCAUCCAUGCAUACUACCACUAACGUCUAGAUUUCAAAGUUUAAAAGGUGCGACUAAUCCGUGGGUCGGCAAAGUCGCCGAACGUAUAAUAAUGGGCAGCAGCGGACAGCCUAUUGAAGAUAUUAUAAAAGCAACCGGUGAUGCAGACAUCUCUCCUUUAGACUGGUUGGAGAGAACGCUGCUUUGGAAGCACAUGUGCCCGACUGCUCCAGAUACAUUACCGGUACACCCUUACUCUGCAAAAGAUCCAUUUAUCAUUACGUACUGUCCGGAUAUAUACUUUGUGGGUAACACAGAUGAAGCCGAUACAAAACUGUGGGAAGGUGAAGAAAAUCAGGCGGUCAGGCUAAUUUGUAUUCCAAAGUUUUCCUCUACGUAUACUGCAGUUGUGGUGGAUCUAGACACCUUGGAUACUGAAUUUAUUUGUUUUGGAACUGGAUAAAGUACAUGCAACUGAAUUUGUUCACAUUCUAAUAUUUAUCUAGAUACAAUUAAAUGGGUGAUCUAACGAUAUGUGACAUAUUGUUACAUUGUGUCACUGUCGUAUUUUCCAUAUUUUUGUACUUUUAUAUUGUAUUACUUUUAAAGUGUAUUAUACGAAAAUUUGGAUAUAAUAAUGUAGUAUUUUGAUAAUAGUAAAUAUAAACCAAUUGCGCAAAACAUAUAUCUAUAAUUAUUUAUCGGUUACUAUAAGUUGGUGCAUCAAAAAUUCAGUAACUAAAGGAUACUUGAAUUGGAAUCUAAAAAAAUGCAGAAUUAUCGUAAUAAAAGUUUGUUUCGUGGUGUUGAUCGUAUUGUCAAAUAGGGAAUAGUGUGAGAGAGGCACGCGGAGCCACGCGCGGUAAUUAUUGCGCAAUCAAUAUAUAGUCAAUAAGAUAAAAUAUACUAGGCAAUACAUAUUUCGAUGUUUCGACACUUUCUUUGUGUCAUCUUCAGCGUGUAAACAAAAUUAAUAUACAUGAAAAUUACAAACGAUAUAAAAUUAACGGUCAAAAGCGAUAAAAUGAUAUAGUCGAUUGGUCGACAAACGCAGUCAAAUCAAUAACGUAAAUGUAUCAGAUACGACAUUUCGAAUUGUUUGACGAAUUCGUAUGGUUUUUAUUAUUUUAUCGAUAUAUGUAUAUAUAAACGAGUGCUUGCAUAAGAAUUAGCAUGUUGUAAAAGAAAGAACAGUUUCUGUUGUCACCUAUUUUUAUUUGCAUCUCGUAAAAGUGAUAUACAAAAUUGAAACGCAUGCGACUUUAAGAAUUCGUAGACAUUUUGCCUGGUUAUAAAACUUUUAAUACGAAAGAAAAUACAGUAGUAUCACAGACUAUUAGAAAAUUGCGAAAUCACAGUGACACAAGACUUUAUUUAUAUGAACGCUUAAAUUAACAAGUGAAUAUAUACUUCACAAAUUAUACCAAUGAUAAGAACAUAACAGUCAAAAUACAGAGCAUCAGAAUAUUUAACUGAUAACACAUUUUAAUAUUAGUAAUUUCUGUUCUACAUCAAAUUUUCACACGCUAUGUCAAGAAUAUCUUCUAUAAUACAUAAAUUUACAAUUUUUCUUUUAUAAUUUUAAUUUUUAUAACGUUAUCCUUACCUGUAUAAUGUAAUAGUAAUAUCUUAAGACACGACUCGGUCAUAUACGAAAAUUAAAAUGGGAUUACCUUAAGUCUAAAAAAAAUCCAUGCUUAAGGAAACUGAUUUUGACUGUUACUUAAAUUACGUUUGCGAAAUUAGGUGCAAGAGUUAUGUAACGGACAAUGUACAAGGAUUUAAAUACGAGUUUUGACAUAAUGGGUAAACGUGUAACAUACAUUUAAGCAUUUGUAAUAUUAACAUUUCUAGAGUAUGUCACGCAGGCUGCGGUGUAUUCUCUCA